GGGGAGCAAGAGCAGGAGAAGGAAAAAGAGGAGAAUAGCCAUUUGGGCUCAAGCUUCUUGUUGGUUUGGACGUCACCCUUCCGCGCUGCCGCGGAGUUCUUCACCGCGCCGCUGGGGGGCGCCAUCGCGCAGGGGAUCCAGGAGGUCAAGCCGAUUCUCAUGGGAGUGAUUGCCGAGCACGAGGCGUCGGGGGAGGACGGCGCGAAUCAGAUCGUGGUAAAAGCUGAACAGAUCAUCGAGCUGCUGGUCGGCAGGAAGCUCGCCAACGCAGGGGUGUGGCUGAAGUGCACGACGGUCGGAACCCGCCCCUCUAACCGAUUCGGCGCAGGGUUGGAGAUCGUGGACGUCCACGACUUGAUGAAGGUGAUCGUCGAAGGCGGCUUCAGGCACGACGCGUGUCAAGGCGCCGCCUGCUUCGAGAUAGCGCCUGGCGGGGCGAUGGCAGAACAACACUGGGCGUUCAACGGCAACCUUGCGACGUCCAGCGGCGGCUUUUUGCCCCGGUUCGAUGCGUCAGACCUGAAGUUGUUGAGCGUGGCGUGCUCGCACACCGUGGCAGGCGCGAGGUGCGUCGAGCUCGGCGCGCCCGACAUGGACGAGAAAUUCAAUGACGAUUCUGGCCGCAUUUGUCGCGCAAAGGUGUUGGCCAAGUGCUCUUCCUACGAGCAGCCUCUCACGCGGGGAAUGCCAUGGACAGUAAUUCGCCACGAAGUGGGCGCCGAGAUGCCCGAGCUGGCGCGGUUCCUGCAAGAGGCCGUCAACGCCAACAGUGGCGCGGGCCGCCAGCAGACGAAUAUGCAGACCUUUCUGCAAAUACACAAGACCGCGAAGCAGAACAUCGAGACGCUCGGAUACGCCAAGUGGGAGUCUAUCCAGCUACAUAUCGAGAGGACACGGCCCCAUCUCAGCGGACAGGUAGCAGAUAUGAGCAAGCACGUGGAGCUGUACCCUGGCGGUGACAGUGGGUCGCUCUUGUACGAGCUUCGCGACAACGGCAAAACUGUGGGCGAUCGCAGGAGGGGCGUACACGGCUCCUACUUCGGCAUGCUUGCGAGGGUCGGCUUCAUGCAGUGCCCAGAGUACAUCACCGCAUGCGUCGCAGCAUGCCUCUUCGCCCCCGACCAGCAUUGCCGUGAUGGAGUGGCAAGAUUGCUCAACAGCACGGACAUGGCGGUCAUCAGGGGGUCGAAGAAGCGCGACGCCCCAGCAUUUCCUGCCCCGACGGCAGUGAUCAAGUCUUUCUUUGCAGCCGAUCCGACGCUGAGCAACGCGCAGCAGGCCGAGCUACUUGGAAUCCUGCAGGGGCGCUGGGCGUUGUUUAGUCACAACGAGCAGGUGAAAGGCCGCAAAAAAAGGUAUUCCAGCAUCAACGCUAUCAAGGAUCAGUUUCUCGACGAGCUGCUGAUGGUUGAUUAUGGCGUAAAGCCUCCGUGGUCUCGGUCUGAGCAGGUGAGUUCUGCUCCGAAGGAGGCUGUCGGAAACUUCGUCGAAUUCACGGCGACGUUUUCAGGCGCGGCGAUCAGCGACGGGGCGCCCAAGGCCAGCGGCUUUGUCGUCGGAGCGGCGGUGGCUCUCAAGACUGACAAGUGUCAGGGAUUCGCCAUGAUGGGGGUCAGCUCUGGCGCGGUUUCCAUGUCGUCGGUGGGUUCCGCGGAGGCGCCGACGAGCAACGACAGGGAGAUCUCCGAGAAGCGGAAGGCCGAGGACGACGAGGGCGACGGCAGCAAGGUCGAGAUCAGCAGUAGCCAGCUGGUCGACGAGUACGAGGUGGCCCCCGUUAACUCGAUCCUGCGGAUCCCCGUGGGCUCGGUCGUCAGGGCAGACAAGCACAAGGACGCCGUGCUUGAGAAGACCAAAGCACAGGUGGUGCAGAGGCCCAUUUGUGAUUUCCCAUGUGCCUUCGCUUAUGUUCGGCACGCGGUCGCCGACGCCCACGCCCGCCGCAGUGAGGGCCUCGAGCUCUCCGCCGCGCUGGACAAGAAGGCCCGCGGCGUUGUGGCCGAUGCUUCCCAUGCUAAGGGCGAGUUGACGCUUGUCCCUCAGAGCGCAAGCAUGAACGCGGCACCGAAGAUGUCGAACGGUUCGGACAGCAAGUUCGUGGAGUUCAUGGGUCAGCAGUUCGGCAUGCUGGACCACUUGACGGCGCAGCGCAACGCUGAGGCUCGCAAGGACGCCGUCGACGACAUCCCGCGCAUCAUCGAGCUCAGUGUCCAAGUGGGUGGUGCAACGCGCACUGUCAGGGUCGCCGCGGCCGCGAUCCGUCGCGCGAAGCUGGCGAUCGUGUUCGCUGAUGAGGCUCUCGAGCUUCUGCAGAUGGAGCCUGACACUUCCAUUGAGAGGGGGCCUGAUCCCAUCGUCGACAUCGAGCGCGUCGAGUGGGUCCGCGUUAGGAACUCCGCGAAGACCUCGUACUACGAUGGGUCCAGGAAGAAGUGGCGCCAGAAGUCUAUGUCUGUCGAGGUCGGCCACAACUUGCAGGAGGGGGCGACAGCCAUGGCAAGGGUGCUGGCAGAGCACAGGCAGCAGCAUCACACCGAGCCUGACGACCAGCGCUUGAUCUCGAUGCUUCGGGGGCGCAUCGCAUUCGUGAACGCCCAGGCCCACGCGGGCCUCGAUCGCAACAGUCUGGCGCAGGCCCAGGUCAACGCUCUGAACGCGAGCUUUGCGGCUCCCCCUGGGGUCGGUUUCGCCGCCGCCGCCGCCGUCGCGCAGGAGAUCUCCAAAGGGCCUUGGACGCAGCAGCAGAACAUCUCCAUGGCCACGACGCUGAACUCAAGGGCUGAGGCCGCUUCGGGCACAGAGCGCGCUGGCGUUGGCCGAGCCCAGCAGAAGCGCAAAGCUCUGCAACUCUUCUUCACAGCCGACGACUGGAGAGCGAUCGCAAACUAUGACCACUCCGAGAUCAUGAAGAUGCACGUGGUGGCCAACGGGACGCACAAGCUGGGCAUCUCCACCGCCCGCGAGAAGCUGCUCAUGAGGGGCAUCGCGAUCGUCGUCUGCUGCCGCCGCCCAGUCGCCUCCGACGGCUCAUGCCAAGAAGAACCUGCGCGUGGACCUGCAGAGGCGGCUGAAGGAUCUCCAUGCUGUCGCGCCUUGGCCUACACGCACUGCGAGUUCUACCCAGCUGCGCCAAACUUGCUGACGCCUGCCGCGGUCUUCGGCCACGCCUCCGCUGACGGGCAACCUGUAUUGCCCCCUGUCGAGCUCGAUCAGUUGGAGGUUGAGUUCAGUGCAAUGCGCUACAGGUGCUCGAGCAAAGCUCUUGGUGGCAGCAGCUCGGCAGCCGUGCCGAACCAACCGAACGCGCACGACCCCGCGGCCCUUGCCGUGCCAGUGCGCCCCCAGCAAGACCCGCUUCAGCUGCUCAUGAUGCUCGCGGCCCAGGCGCGCGGCGGGCUCGGUGCCCCAGGCAUGCCCAACAUGUUCGGCGCUGGUGGGUCGAGCAGCAACGGCGGCUGCAGCAUCACGUUCACGAGGCCUCCGCAGGAGGCGCGCAGCGUUGACGCGUCGCUCGUCGCAGCUGGCGUUGGCGGUGAGUCGCAGUCAGCUGACUCCCCUCCGACCUCGUCGGGAACGCCUGCUCUGAGCCCGAUUGCUCCGAGCCCGACGCCUGCAGCGAGCCCAGAGCUGGGCGCCAGCGUCCUCGGCGCUGCUGGCAUCGACGCGGUCGAGAAACUCGAGAGGCACAUGCUGGGCGCCGCGGGAUCUUCGAGACAGGGGGCGGCGAAGGGCAUGGCCAAGGGCAAGGCGAAGGCCAAGGCGAAGGCGAAGGCCAAAGGCAAGGCCAAGGCCAAAGCCCACCACGCAGCUCUGGCCGCCAAGCCCAGCAGCCACGCCAUCGACUACUCGCAAUGGCUGAAGCCAGUCGACGCCAAGUCCCGCAGUGAGAACGCCUUCGCGAGCCGCGCGUACGAUGCGGCAAAGAGGCUGGCGGUGUCAGCUGGCAUGGGUAAUGUUGACUGCAGGGCGGUCGCCAAGGAGGCGUGCCACAAGGAGGACCAGGGCGGGAACCGGGAGGCGGAGCAUUUCUGGGGCAUCUUUAG